UCGUCAAUCUCUUGCCGCGCGGGUGUCAGUUUGAGCCACUUGGACAGGACAGGCGGGAACCACACCGCCCCUCUGGGAUGCCUUCGGCUGCAAAACUAACAUACCUUGUGGCGCAACAAGGGAAGUUAGAACAGGUAGGCGUCCUCCUGCUGACUCGCUCGCUUCAAAGGGUCGCUGCUGUUCCGGGAGCUAUUGGACCUUUUAGGUCCGAACCAGAACUUCCUUUAAAGAUUGUUUGAUUUGCCCAAACCAGGCAGAGGAAUUUGCAAACAUUUUUAUCGGUUGUUUUUUUGGACAAGAACUGCUGGGAGUUUUCUUUUCCACCCAUGGAUCAAUAAGGAUGAAGUUUAUUUUGGUGCCAUCUGGAAGGAGCAGCAAUGCAGAUGGUGCCGUUUGACCCUCAUCACUAGACUUGGCUGAUCCCAGAGGAAAAAGAGGACGCUCUUGAUUACACAGCUGAUCCCUGAGAGGUCAGACUCCCUGACCCACAUCCCCAGCAGGGAGGACAUGGAUGUUCUGAGGCGUUCCUCUGUUUUUGCGGCUGAGGUCCUGGAUGUGUUUGAGCGAUCGCUGUCUGAGAAGGAGCUGGUGACCCAGUCGAAAGCGUUGUGCAGAGACUACAUCCUGUCCAGACUCCACCAAAAUGGGAUGGGGUGGUCCAAAGCCGAAAUUAAUUUCUCUCCCUCCAAUGCGGCACUCUCCGAGGUGACUAUGGUUCUUCUGUGUCUAGGAGACGAGCUGGAGUGCAUACAGCCUGGUCUGUACAGGAACGUAGCACGGCAGCUCAACAUUUCUGUUGCCAUGGAGAACGUGGUUUCAGAUGCCUUCCUUGGUGUGGCAACAGAAAUUUUCUCAGCAGGUAUAACAUGGGGCAAGGUGGUGUCCAUGUAUGCAGUAGCUGGAGCCCUGGCUGUGGAUUGUGUCAGACAAGGUUACCUCACCACCGUGCACAUCUUGGUGGACAGCCUUGGGCAGUUUGUUCGCAAAUUCCUGGUUCACUGGUUAAAAAGGAGAGGAGGAUGGGCUGAGAUCACCAAAUGCGUGGUGAAGAAGGAGCUCACCUCAGAGCAGCCCUGGUUGUCCUCCAUCAUGGAGUCUGUCAAGUACGCUCUCACUACGCUGUACGUCUACGUCAUGAAGGAAACGUGAACAGCUGGCCAAUAUGAUGAGCUGAAAACCUCAGACUUGUCAUGAAAAGCUGGAGCGCAGAUGGUCGCCGUGGUCAAUGAGGUUUGAUCUGCAGCUGCUUUCUGUCCGUUGCUACCUGGUUACCGACAAACAUUUCCUGAGCAGUCUGCUUGUUGUCUGUCUCUGUGCCACUUUAGCAUGAGAGUGAUUUCCCUUCAACCAAAGAGUAAUCACCACAAUGUUAACGGGCAUAAAUGCUAUCUUUUGUGACACUCCACUUCUUUGAUGGUUUCCUCCCAGUACUUAAGGUACGGCAAAGAACAGGCUUCCCAUUGUGCCCAGUAAUGGACCGAAUGCAAGGAGAAUUGAAUGGUACACAUUGAAUGUGAAUAUAUUUUUUUUACACUGAUGAUUGUUUUUAAUUUGUACAUAGUCUAUUUAUGAUUUUAGCUCCUUUUAUUUUUGUGACUAACAAAUAAAAUUGUAACCAGAAGAGGAUGGCCACACAUCGACACACCAGGAUGGUUUUGUAUCAUGAAUGCCUCUUAGUAUUCAUGUGUGUAAUUUUUUUUAUAUCCUCAUUAAACUUGACCGUAUCCUUGACA